AGAAGGGGCACCCUGACCUGUUUCAGAGCACUGUCAAGUCUGGAGGAGAGGACAGAGAGGACUCCGCUCUUCCCCAGCCAGCACACCCUUUAGGGCAGAGGGCGGGGACUUCUAGUCUGAAGAAGAAAGUGAAAAGAGCUGCACUGUCUCUGAAUCCAUCAUGGAACAGAUCAGUGGAUCUGUCCAGAUGGAGCAUGCACUGCUGUACACCUUCCUGGAGGUAUCCCCUGACUGUAAGUUCAGGGAGCAACUGCAUUUCCUGCAAAACGAGUUGUUUCAAUGGCAAUGUGACUACUCCUAUGAUGAUGCAGAACUUCAGACUGAUGGCAAUCAGAGUGGGCAAAUGCAGAACGGUGAGCGAGUGUUUGACCCUCGGGUACAUGAUGAAGUUGUCCGGCUCAUUGCUGCUCAGCUCGCUGAGGCUGGAGACAAGUUUGAUAAAGAAAUCAAAGCAAGAGUAGUAAAUGAGCUAGUGCAGCACUUUCUGAAUGAGAAUCUCUCUCUAGAGGAGAUAACCCGGCACAUGUCGGAGGCAGUGGAAGGACUUGCACGAGCUAUCCCCUCAGACAUGGAGCAGGAGAAAGCCAUGUUGGUGCUAGCAAUGGUCUUAACUAAAAAAAUUGCCAAUACAAUGCCCUCCCUUCUGCAUCGUGUCUUCAACACCACAGUGAACUACAUCAGCCAGCAGUUUCACAACUACAUUGCUAGAAUGAUGCGUGAGUGAGCUCUCCAGUCCUCCAUGUGGAGAAUGUGCAUUCCUGAAGACUUUUUACUUCUCUUCAUGUAUGCCAAUCACUUUCUGCUCUUACAUAAGAUACAGCUGUGAAAGGAAAGGCAGAGCUUCAGUAGGUAGGCUUUUGUAGAGUAGCACAGCACUGAUGGUAGCGCCAGCUCUGCCGUGCCUAUAAGGAGUAGUGUUUGCCCUCUCUCAUCUUAAAAUAGGGUGUUUUCUUUUAUUUCUUAGCAGUAGCAGACUUCAUGCAGACCCUGGCUUGUGCCUCUAGAGGAACUGCUGUGGGCAUAGAGCCUGCCCUCUCAGUAGUUUGUUUUCUAACGAGCUGUGGCAUUUUCCUUAGUUGUUCUCUUCCCAGCCCUGCUCCUGGCGCUGCAGCUGAGCCAUGAGUGUUAACUGUUCCCAGGAAGGCCUCAGGCUAUAAAACGGGUGAUUGAUCAGUACAGGCCAUGGAGGGGGUGGAAAAACCAGUCUGGCUCAGUGGGGAGCUGGCAGCAAGAGGGAACAACCCUAACGGAGGUGUUGGGCGAGGGAAGGCUGAAGUAAAGAUACUUCUGUAUCAAUCACCUUAAACCUAUGCUUGCUUGAAAAUCAAAUGAGAAACUAAAGGGAAGGGGUAGGUACAGGGCAAAUUCUGCUGGGGAAUGCAAUCUGGAUAUGCUUGAGGAAAGGUGUUUAGCUUUAGCAGAUCCUGCUAUAAACAGAAAGAAGGUAUCAGCCUUGGGUCAGGAAGAAUCGGUGGCAUCUCUUGUGAGUGUACUGCAGUCACAUCUCAGGUUCAACAAACUUUGACUCAGGUUGUUUGAUACGUACCUGUCAUCACACACGUGGUAGCAAAGGCUUCACCUGUGAUCCAGCUGCCUCAAAUUUUGUAAUGUUGUAAAUAUUUUGUAGGGGUUUUAAGUUAAAUAAAAUUGUCAGUUCUCAUGGCAGUACAGCUCUU